AUGGUGACUGGGGUGGGGGUGGUGGUGAUGACAACGCUGCUCGCAGCAGCAGCAGCAGCAGCAGCAGCAGCAGCAGCAGCAGCAGCAGCAGCAGCAGCAGCAGCAGCAGCAGUAGCAGCAGCAGCAGCAGCAGCAGCAGGGGGGAUAGUAGCAGGAAUAGUUGAAGCAGUAAUAGGAGCAGCAGUGAUAGGUGCAGCAGCAGCAAUUGAUGCAGCAGCAGCAGCAGCAGCAGCAACCAGAGUAGCAACAGCAGCAGCAGCAACAGGAUCAACAGCAGCAGCAGCAAUGGCAACAACAACAACAGUUGUAGCAACGGCAGCAGCAGCAAGAACAACAACAGCAGCACCAAUAACAACAGCAACACCACCACCAACAGCAGCAGCAGCAGCAGCAGCAUCAGCAGCAUCAGCAGCAGCAGCAGAACCACAAUCACCACACCACUACAACCACCACCCGCACCACCCACCACAACUACCCGCAGCAGCAGCAACCACAGCAGCAGCAGCAGCAGCAGCAGCAGCAGCAGCAGCAUUACUGUAUAUCAGCAUCAGCAGCAUCUACAUGUAUAAAGAAGCUCUUUGUCUGGCGUAUGUGGCAUCAACAGCACCACCACCACCACCACAACUACCCGCAGCAGCAGCAACCACAGCAGCAGCAGCAGCAGCAGCAGCAGCAGCAGCAGCAGCAGCAGAAAUAUUUACUGUAUAUCAGCAUCAGCAGCAUCUACAUCAACAGCAGCAUCACCACCACAACUACCCGCAGCAGCAGCAACCACAGCAGCAGCAGCAGCAGCAAGAUGCAUUACUGUAUAUCAGCAUCAGCAGCAUCAACGUGUAUAAAGAAGCUCUUUGUCUGGCGUAUGUGGCAUCAACAGCAGCACCACCACAACUACCCGCAGCAGCAGCAACCACAGCAGCAGCAGCAGCAGCAGCAGCAGCAGCAGCAGCAGCAGCAACAUUUACUGUAUAUCAGCAUCAGCAGCAUCUACAUGUAUAA